GGGGCUGGUAUCCUGCUUCCUGGGAGUCUCUCUGAAGUCCUCCUAUUCUUUUUCUCAAUAUGGAAGCAGGAUAACGAGGAAAAGUGAGGCACGCCUGGAACUAGAACGCCGGUCUAAGCCAAGAUGGGUGGGCGGAGUAAUCAAGCCGGUCUCAUUAGGCACUUUUACCAUCGCCCCUUUAAGGGAUCCUUGGGAGCCGAGGGGCACCAGCGGGUACUGGUACCAGUCCUGCCUCCCUAACCCUUCCCAGUGGGACGCCAGCAGGGUGUCGUGCUCUGUGCGGUGUCUCCCAAACCACUACCUGGCUGCCCCCGUACCAGCUGCUGGGAAAGACUACUUCCUCCGAGUUGUGCCGGCCUCCGCGUUCUCCUCACCUCCCUUCUCCUCCGGACCUCCGCCCCCUCGCGGAGAGGCCUUGCCGCUUUAAGAGCCGGGCUAGCGAUUGACAAGCAAUAAACGCUGAGCGCCCGGCUGCGCUGGAGCCGCCCGGAGCUAGGGGCUUCCCGGGGCGCAGGAGAGACGUUUCAGAGCCCUUGCCUCCUUCACCAUGCCGGUUGCCGCCACCAACUCUGAGACUGCCAUGCAGCAAGUCCUGGACAACUUGGGAUCCCUCCCCAGUGCCACGGGGGCUGCAGAGCUGGACCUGAUCUUCCUUCGAGGCAUUAUGGAAAGUCCCAUAGUAAGAUCCCUGGCCAAGGCCCAUGAGAGGCUGGAGGAGACGAAGCUGGAGGCCGUGAGAGACAACAACCUGGAGCUGGUGCAGGAGAUCCUGCGGGACCUGGCGCAGCUGGCUGAGCAGAGCAGCACAGCCGCCGAGCUGGCCCACAUCCUCCAGGAGCCCCACUUCCAGUCCCUCCUGGAGACGCACGACUCUGUGGCCUCAAAGACCUAUGAGACACCACCCCCCAGCCCUGGCCUGGACCCUACAUUCAGCAACCAGCCUGUACCUCCCGACGCUGUGCGCAUGGUGGGCAUCCGCAAGACAGCCGGAGAACAUCUGGGUGUAACGUUCCGCGUGGAGGGCGGCGAGCUGGUGAUCGCGCGCAUUCUGCAUGGGGGCAUGGUGGCUCAGCAAGGCCUGCUGCAUGUGGGUGACAUCAUCAAGGAGGUGAACGGGCAGCCAGUGGGCAGUGACCCCCGCGCACUGCAGGAGCUCCUGCGCAAUGCCAGUGGCAGUGUCAUCCUCAAGAUCCUGCCCAGCUACCAGGAGCCCCAUCUGCCCCGCCAGGUAUUUGUGAAAUGUCACUUUGACUAUGACCCGGCCCGAGACAGCCUCAUCCCCUGCAAGGAAGCAGGCCUGCGCUUCAACGCCGGGGACUUGCUCCAGAUCGUAAACCAGGAUGAUGCCAACUGGUGGCAGGCAUGCCACGUCGAAGGGGGCAGUGCUGGGCUCAUUCCCAGCCAGCUGCUGGAGGAGAAGCGGAAAGCAUUUGUCAAGAGGGACCUGGAGCUGACACCAAACUCAGGGACCCUAUGCGGCAGCCUUUCAGGAAAGAAAAAGAAGCGAAUGAUGUAUUUGACCACCAAGAAUGCAGAGUUUGACCGUCAUGAGCUGCUCAUUUAUGAGGAGGUGGCCCGCAUGCCCCCGUUCCGCCGGAAAACCCUGGUACUGAUUGGGGCUCAGGGCGUGGGACGGCGCAGCCUGAAGAACAAGCUCAUCAUGUGGGAUCCAGAUCGCUAUGGCACCACGGUGCCCUACACCUCCCGGCGGCCGAAAGACUCAGAGCGGGAAGGUCAGGGUUACAGCUUUGUGUCCCGUGGGGAGAUGGAGGCUGACAUCCGUGCUGGGCGCUACCUGGAGCAUGGCGAAUACGAGGGCAACCUGUAUGGCACACGUAUUGACUCCAUCCGGGGCGUGGUCGCUGCUGGGAAGGUGUGCGUGCUGGAUGUCAACCCCCAGGCAGUGAAGGUGCUACGAACGGCCGAGUUUGUCCCUUACGUGGUGUUCAUCGAGGCCCCAGACUUCGAGACCCUGCGGGCCAUGAACAGGGCUGCGCUGGAGAGUGGAGUAUCCACCAAGCAGCUCACGGAGGCGGACCUGAGACGGACAGUGGAGGAGAGCAGCCGCAUCCAGCGGGGCUACGGGCACUACUUUGACCUCUGCCUGGUCAAUAGCAACCUGGAGAGGACCUUCCGCGAGCUCCAGACAGCCAUGGAGAAGCUACGGACAGAGCCCCAGUGGGUGCCUGUCAGCUGGGUGUACUGAGCCUGUUCACCUGGUCCUUGGCUCACUCUGUGUUGAAACCCAGAACCUGAAUCCAUCCCCCUCCUGACCUGUGACCCCCUGCCACAAUCCUUAGCCCCCAUAUCUGGCUGUCCUUGGGUAACAGCUCCCAGCAGGCCCUAAGUCUGGCUUCAGCACAGAGGCGUGCACUGCCAGGGAGGUGGGCAUUCAUGGGGUACCUUGUGCCCAGGUGCUGCCCACUCCCGAUGCCCAUUGGUCACCAGAUAUCUCUGAGGGCCAAGCUAUGCCCAGGAAUGUGUCAGAGUCACCUCCAUAAUGGUCAGUACAGAGAAGAGAAACGCUGCUUUGGGACCACACGGUCAGUAGGCACACUGCCCCCUGCCACCCCUCCCCAGUCACCAGUUCUCCUCUGGACUGGCCACACCCACCCCAUUCCUGGACUCCUCCCACCUCUCACCCGUGUCGGAGGAACAGGCCUUGGGCUGUUUCCGUGUGACCAGGGGAAUGUGUGGCCCGCUGGCAGCGAGGCAGGCCCGGGUGGUGGUGCCAGCCUGGUGCCAUCUUGAAGGCUGGAGGAGUCAGAGUGAGAGCCAGUGGCCACAGCUGCAGAGCACUGCAGCUCCCAGCUCCUUUGGAAAGGGACAGGGUCGCAGGGCAGAUGCUGCUCGGUCCUUCCCUCAUCCACAGCUUCUCACUGCCGAAGUUUCUCCAGAUUUCUCCAAUGUGUCCUGACAGGUCAGCCCUGCUCCCCACAGGGCCAGGCUGGCAGGGGCCAGUGGGCUCAGCCCAGGUAGGGGCAGGAUGGAGGGCUGAGCCCUGUGACAACCUGCUGCUACCAACUGAAGAGCCCCAAGCUCUCCAUGGCCCACAGCAGGCACAGGUCUGAGCUCUAUGUCCUUGACCUUGGUCCAUUUGGUUUUCUGUCUAGCCAGGUCCAGGUAGCCCACUUGCAUCAGGGCUGCCGGGUUGGAGGGGCUAAGGAGGAGUGCAGAGGGGACCUUGGGAGCCUGGGCUUGAAGGACAGUUGCCCUCCAGGAGGUUCCUCACACACAACUCCAGAGGCGCCAUUUACACUGUAGUCUGUACAGCCUGUGGUUCCACGUGCAUGCUCGGCACCUGUCUGUGCCUCUGGCACCAGGCUGUGUUUAUGUGUGUGCGUGCGCGCGCGCGUGUGUGUGUGUGUGUGUGUGUCAGGUUUAGUUUGGGGAGGAAGCAAAGGGUUUUGUUUUGGAGGUCACUCUUUGGGGCCCCUUUCUGGGGGUUCCCCAUCAGCCCUCAUUUCUUAUAAUACCCUGACCCCAGACUCCAAAGCCCUGGUCCUUUCCUGAUGUCUCCUCCCUUGUCUUAUUGUCCCCCUACCCUAAGUGCCCCCCUGCCAUAACUUGGGGAGGGCAGUUUUGUAAAAUAGGAGACUCCCUUUAAGAAAGAAUGCUGUCCUAGAUGUACUUGGGCAUCUCAUCCUUCAUUAUUCUCUGCAUUCCUUCCGGGGGGAGCCUGUCCUCAGAGGGGACAACCUGUGACACCCUGAGUCCAAACCCCUGUGCCUCCCAGUUCUUCCGAGUGUCUAACUAGUCUUCGCUGCAGCGUCAGCCAAAGCUGGCCCCUGAACCACUGUGUGCCCAUUUCCUAGGGAAGGGGAAGGAGAAUAAACAGAAUAUUUAUUACAAAUGUUAGAAUAUAUUUCUUAUACUAGGAAUCUCAUUUGCAUUUGCAUAGACUAUACACAUGGGGUGGAAAGGCCAGGCCUGCCCCCAUCUCGUUGGUGUGGCUCUGCGUAUACUACACACUCAUUCUCCUGCUCCUCUUUUCCCUUAGUCAGUGUCCUUUCAUCCUGAUUCAGCUCUGCUUUGCAUCACCCUCAGCCUAAGGGAGUGGGAAGGAAAUGGGGUGUUUUCUUGCUGACCUGAGGCUAUAGGGUCACUUGCCAUUUCCUACCUUCUCUGGGGGAUUUGAGGGUAGAGGCAGGGGAAGAUCUGUUGUUGCAGCUGCUUCUGCCCCCUUGAUCCAAAUGACCAUAAUCUCUGAUGGAGAUGGGUUGGGUACCUGGCCUUCAUGGCACCUUCACUGCUAGGGAUGCCCAAGGGACAGGCCUGGGGCCCUUCCCUCCUGUCUCUUCUCGGUCUUUCCUCUCUGAGCAGCCUCCUACCUCCCCUGCCUGAGCCCCCACUCCACAGCCCUCCCAGGUACCUAUCAGGUGGGAGCAGAGGCUGUCAGUCCUUGGCUCACCUGGAACAGGGCUGGGGCUGGGUUGGAACAGGUGUGUGUGCCCACCACAUUAGGUCUAUGACUCUGUUCUCCCUCCCUGCCAUUGUGGACUCUUGUAUUUGAGGGACCUCAAGAGAGUGAGGACCCUACCAUCCACUGUCCAUAUUCAGUCCCAGCCCCAGUGCGCUUCCUCUGUCCCCUCCUUCAGCCAUCCAAUUCUUGAGUUUUCUCACUGAUUGGUUUUCUUUCUUUUUCCUUGGAUUAAAUGUGAAAGCAAA